CUGAACAAGGAGGCAGACAGAGCAGAGGGGGGUCACACACUGGGAUGUGAGGGGGAGUUAAUGGAUCUGCUGGACCAGCUCUUUCUGAUCUCCGUGGUGCCCGCCACCUCCUCAUUUCCCAGAAUUCCUUGCCUGGGAUCCCUGUGGCCUUGAAACAAUCCAUUGACCUGCGUACAUCCAUGGACGGGAAGUACAAAGAUAUAGCUGAGGAGCUGUUCUCCCGCACACUGGCAGAAAGUGAGAUGCGCAGUGCACCCUAUGAAUUCCCCGAGGACAGCCCUAUUGAACAGCUGGAGGAGAGACGUCAUCGCCUUGAGCGACAGAUAAGCCAGGAUGUCAAGUUUGAACCCGACAUCCUCCUGCGAGCUAAACAGGAGUUCAUGAAGACUGACAGUGCCACAGAUCUCGAAUACAUGAAGGAGAAGAGCCAAUUUCCUGACCUGCAGGACCUGGUUCCAGAGAAAGAGUACCAGCGAGUGGCUAUUUCUGGAGAUGAGAAAUGUGGGGUUCCCUUCACAGAUCUGUUGGAUGCAGCCAAAUGUGUGGUGAAGGCUCUGUUCAUCAGACAGAAGUAUAUGGGUCUGUCGCUGCAGAGUUUCUGCAGGACCACCGCUCGUUACCUGCAGGAACUGAGGGAGAGACCUCUGGACUUAGAUAACUAUGAGGAGGAGAUCUCAGAGACCGCAGUCACUGCAGAUGCCACAAUGCACCCACCUGUCUCUAAAACGCACCCCUAUGAGAACCAGGACCCUGCCAGCAUGCCCAAUGAUUUGGGUUACAGCUGCAAGAUGGUGGAUGGUGUCAUGCAUGUGUACACAACGAGGAACGUUAUGGAAAAGAGCACAGAGCUGGACCUGCCGUAUCCAGACCUGCAGGAGUACAUCGCUGAUAUGAACGUCAUGAUGGCCCUCAUUAUCAACGGACCAGUAAAGUCCUUCUGCUACCGUCGUCUGCAGUACCUUAGCUCCAAGUUCCAGAUGCACAUUCUGCUGAAUGAGAUGAAGGAGCUGGCAGCACAGAAGAAAGUCCCACAUCGAGACUUUUACAAUAUCCGUAAGGUUGACACACACAUCCACGCUUCGUCCUGCAUGAACCAGAAGCACCUUCUGCGUUUUAUUAAAAGGGCCAUGAAGAAGUAUCCUAAGGAGAUAGUGCGUGUGGAAAAUGGCAAGGGUCAGACGCUCAUGGAAGUGUUUGAGACCAUGAACCUGACAGCCUUUGACCUGAGCGUGGACACCCUGGACAUGCACGCAGACCGAAACACUUUUCAUCGCUUUGACAAGUUCAAUGCCAAAUACAACCCCAUCGGCGAGUCCAUUCUGAGAGAGAUCUUCAUCAAAACAGACAACUACAUUGAGGGGAAAUACUUUGGCCACAUUAUUAAGGAGGUGAUGGCAGACCUGGAGGAGAGCAAAUACCAGAACGUGGAGCUCAGGCUGUCCAUCUACGGACGCUCCAGAGAUGAGUGGGACAAGCUGGCCCAGUGGGCUGUCAAACAUCGGGUCUACUCCACCAAUGUGCGCUGGCUUGUGCAAGUGCCACGACUCUUUGACGUCUACCACACGAAGAAACAGCUGUGCAACUUCCAAGAGAUGCUGGAGAAUAUCUUCGUGCCUCUGUUUGAGGUUACAGUCAACCCCGGCAGCCAUCCAGAGCUGCACCUCUUCCUUCAGCACGUUGUGGGUUUUGACAGUGUGGAUGAUGAGUCCAAACCAGAGCAACAUAUCUUCAACCUGGACAGUCCGCUGCCAGUCAACUGGACAGAGGAGGACAACCCGCCCUACUCCUACUACCUCUACUACAUGUACGCAAACAUGACUGUGCUGAAUCACCUGCGCAGGCAGCGGGGGUUUCACGCACUCGUCCUACGUCCUCAUUGUGGGGAGGCAGGGCCAAUCCAUCACCUGGUGUCUGGUUUCAUGCUGUCAGAGAACAUCUCCCACGGGCUGCUGCUCAGGAAGGCUCCUGUGCUGCAGUAUCUGUACUACUUGGCCCAGAUCGGUAUCGCCAUGUCUCCUCUCAGCAAUAACAGCCUGUUCCUCAGCUACCAUCGUAACCCUCUGCCAGAGUACCUGUCCAGAGGCCUCAUGGUCUCUCUGUCCACAGACGACCCUCUGCAGUUUCACUUCACCAAGGAGCCCUUGAUGGAAGAGUACAGUAUUGCUGCUCAGGUGUGGAAGCUGAGCUCCUGCGACAUGUGUGAGCUGGCCAGAAACAGCGUGCUCAUGAGCGGAUUCUCUGAUAGGGUGAAGUGCUCCUGGCUCGGACCGAAACACAUCAAGGAGGGGCAGGAGAGUAAUGACAUCAGGCGCACCAACGUUCCUGACAUCCGUGUGGCGUACCGGUAUGAGACUAUGUGCGAGGAGUUGAAUUUAAUCACACAGGCCAUCCGCACAGAUGAGCUGGAGACCAUCGAGGAGGAGGGGAGUCUGUAUAUGGGAGCUGUGCAGGGAGAGAAGUGAACAUGCAGCACAACACAAACACAAUUCUCACUCACUACAUUCAGUUUUCACAUCAGGACUUUGUACAGAUUUGCAUAUCAACAUACCACACCUGUGAAAAGAGAAACGCUUUGUUACAAGAAGAUUAUGAAAGUUGCUACAGUGGCAGUGUGAGAGAGGACCUAAAAUCUGUGUAUCCAAGGUGUCUACUUCCUUUAGUUUCCUUUGUCAUUCUUUGUUUACUCUGUCAUAAGGAUUUCACGAUGAUUCUCAAUGUAUUUAUUUAAAACUUUUAGAUUUCCAUGGUUUGUGACUACAUUUUGUCAAUGUUUCUGCAGUUUUUCUACAUAUAGGGCUGUAGCUACCAUGACACUGAGGUCAUGUUCUUUUGGUAUCUUUUCUGGCAAUUCUGGGGGUUUUAGUGACUUUGAGGGGAGUUUACUUUCUGCAGUUAAAAACUUACACAUGGUGAGUAUUUCCUUAGGCAGUAUUUAUAUUUAUUUUCUUUCUUUUUGAAAGGUAUUUAUAAACUCCAAAUAUUUAAUUUGGUCUACCUUUAGCCCCACAAGAGACAAAGUUCUUCUAUUUUAGUUAGUUGUGAUUUCCAAGAGCUGGUUGCAACAGCUGUUAAUUUAAAACUUAGCGUAGCUAUAAGUGCUUUCUAUAUUGAGAUUUAUGCAUCAUCAAAAUAAAACAUGUUCCACCACACAAUGCUCUUACCAAGAGAUUAUUUGUUACUAAAUAUUUAUGCCAAGUAACUGCUAUCUAACGAACUGAACUAACUGGCAAAGAUAACAUGAGCUUGCUGAUAACGCUGGUGAGGUCCGAGCAAUCAUAUAUUUUCCAUUCAUUCAAAACUAUUCAUAGUUCAAUAUAAGAUUGGUGGACCUCCAAAAACUUAUUUUGGAAGUUAUAUUAGCUUGUGAUGCACUUCAUGUUUAUUAUGUUAUUAUGUUGAUUGCUUUUGAUUGGACAGCGCUACAAAUGUCUCCCUGCAACCGAUUUACACAUUACUUAAGUUUUUACUAGUUAGCUGAAACAUUUCUUAAGUUGCAUUAGUGCAACCUGACUUAGUAAUAUCCCAAGUUUGAACUGAAGUUAGCUACUUGAAAUUGUUACUAAGAAUGUAGAAACAACUUUAAACACACAAUUAGUAAUGGAUUGAUUAACAGCUGGUGCAACCUAAUCCAGAGGAAUUUCCUUGAAAGCCCUACCCCAUUUAAAUAAAACUUGUAAAUAUAAAUGAAUAGCUAACUGAAUGAAUAAAAAAUGAAAAAUCCAAAUAAAAUAACUCAAUUUGGUUUUGAGGUAAGUGAUGGGUGAUGGGCGAAUUACAACUGAUGACCUUAGUAUUUCUAAAACCCUGGCUACAGCCCUGACUACUUACCAAAUCAUAAAUCUUUGCAGCAAAAUUUGUUUAAGGUGUGAUGCAAAAACCUUUCAAGAAUAUUCAUAAAGUCAAAUUAGAAACACUGCAUGAAUCUUUGUCUGCUUGGUUGACAUAUUCUAGUGUAAUUAUCCACAAGACAAUACCUCAUGCUGUAUAACUAGCAGAAAAAUCUCCAUCCUCCGUAUUCCGGUUACUGGUAGUUUUAUUUUUUACAGUCUUUACAGUUAUUCAGCAGAGUUGCAUGAUGUCACGUCAAUAUCUGUUUCUGGUGUGCGGUAAUGCUACUCAGUUGUAGUAUCUUAUGAUACUAACUCUUAUUUUGUGACGUGUAUGUGUUACAGUCUGAUCAGUAACUCUGAUCUGAUACAUCUUUCCUUGCACACAUACAUUAAAACACAUACAUUUGAGUCAUAGUACAGUGAAGGAGGCAUGAUCUGUUACUUCAGUUUUCAAUCCUUGCAUGAGUCCAACUAGUGCCAAAUUCAUGAAUAAACACAUUUUUUCAUUUUUAAACUCCUGCCUUCAGUAUAGGUCCUGGUGUUAUCUGUCGGGCUACUUGUUGCUAUUCAAAGGCACUACAUGUCCCUCCCAGAGAAGUAUAUGUGCUGUUUGUGUUUGUAUUAUUUGUGUUUAAAAAAAAAAAAAAAUGUUCACAUGAGUGCUUGACUUGCUGCAGUUUUUACAUCCAAAAUAGUAAAUAAAUGUCUUCUGAAACUUA